CCUUUUAACCUGCGGAUCCAAAGUCUGGGAGAGAACUUGUUACCAACAUGAAAACAAUUAUUGCAGCCUAUUUCCAAAAUCGUAGUGGGAGCCGUGCCAGCAUUCAGGCCGCCCUGCAUACUCUGCUCACCGUGCCCUGGCCCUCGCAGCGGGAGUUCCGAGCAUGCAUCCAGCUCCUCUCAGUUCUACAGUGGGUCCUCAGCUUCUUGCUGAUGGGAAUCGUCUUCCUGUUUCUCCUCGUCUAUUUGGUUUUCACCAGUUUCUGGCCAGUUUCUGCUCUAUACUUUGCCUGGGUAAUCUUUGACUGGGACGCACCGGAGCAAGGUGGGAGGAGGUCGGCGUGGGUGCGAAACUGGCCUGUCUGGAAGCAUUUCCGAGAUUAUUUCCCUAUUCAGUUAGUGAAGACUCACAGCCUCCUUCCCGGUCACAAUUAUAUCAUUGGCGCACACCCCCAUGGGAUCCUCUGCGUUGGGGCCUUCUGCAACUUCAUCACCGAGUCCACUGGCUUCUCUGAGAAGUUCCCUGGCAUCAGACCCUUCCUGGCCACGCUGGCUGGCAACUUCCGGCUGCCUGUCUUCAGGGAGUACCUGAUGAGUGGGGGCCUGUGCCCUGUGACGCGCCAGGCAAUAGGGUACCUGCUCUCUCAGAAUGGCAGUGGGAACGCUGUGGCCAUCGUAAUUGGAGGUGCGGCCGAGUCACUGUCUUGCCAGCCAGGAGUCACCACAUUAAUCCUCAAAAACCGCAAAGGCUUUGUUCGGAUGGCGCUGCAGCAUGGGGCACACCUGGUUCCUGCCUUCUCCUUCGGUGAGAACGACCUCUUCCGGCAGGUGGUUUUUGAAGAGGGCAGCUGGUUGAGGGGCAUUCAGAAGAGGUUCCAGAAGCUGGUGGGCUUUGCUCCCUGCGUCUUCUAUGGACGGGGUUUAACCUCUAUCCAAUCCCGAGGCUUCCUGCCCUACCCGAAGCCUAUCACCACUGUCAUAGGAGAACCUGUGACGGUGCCCAGGAUCAAGGAGCCGAGCCACGAGACGGUGGAUCUGUACCAUGCUAUGUACAUCCGCUCCCUGCUCAAACUCUUCAAUGACCACAAAGCCAAGUAUGGCCUGUCGGAGGCGGACGAACUGAGGAUCUUGUGACUGAGGCCAGAGAGAAGCCAGGGGACUUUGGGCAGCCAAGCCCUAACUCUCAAGGGCUGCCUGCUCUUGGAGGUGGGAAUGGCAGCUUACCUGGCAGGAUGGGGGCUCUCAGGGACAUACUGUUCACCCGAACUACUGCUUGCCCUCUACCCCAGUGCCUUACUCACUUGUCCCCUUGGUGCUGCCCCAGCCUCUGCCUCUGUUUGUUCCCUCCAGAAGAUGAAGGAAGGAAGGAGGGAGCUCCCUGCUUGUCAUAUCCCCGCGUUUCCUGUGUGCUUUCUGCUCGCUCCCAUGGGCAAUGCAGUGAGUUGGCUUCCUCAGCUCCCAAAGCCCUCUCAGGGAAGGGGAAGGGAGGAGCACAGGAAGGACAGGUGCUGGGGCUUGGAGGGGAUGGGGAGUGUGCAUGUGAGCAGAGGGACAUGGGGGAACGUGUGUGGGGACACUUCUCCUCUGCCCGGACCCCACUCUCCUGGAGGGAGAUGAAUAGUAGCUUUGUGCUGCUGCUAAUGAAACAGAGGAAUGCAACCCUGCAGGCUAAACUCUGCCCAGGGCUCCAGCUCUGGCUAAGAAGGAAGGAGGGUGAGAUGGAUAGAAUGGGGGGGGAAAUGGAGGGAAAGCCCUUGAUUGUAACAAAUGUGAAAAACAGGGUUACCAGAGGGGCCUGCAAUGCCAUGCAGGGUGUGUUGUGAGGGGCAGGGCCCUGAGACUGAGGGUCUCUGAGGAGCUGGCUGCUGACUCAACUCCUUGCCUAAGGAAAGCUGGGCAGCUAUAACUCCUUAUGGCCUUGUGUCUGUCCCUGGUGCCCAUGUAGGAUGGAGCCUCCUGGGAGGGUUUGUCCUUCCAUCUCUGUUUUGCUGGCUAAACGUGUAGCUCAGAAGCGGGCAUGUCAGGCUGUUUACCCCCAAGGGGACAUGUCAUUCCUGCACCAGGUUGGAGAGUUCUCCCUGUGGUGGUUAGCACAGGCAGCUUUGCCUCAGCCUUAGAAUCAGGGCAGGGCCAUGGCUUCCCUUCCCACAAUGAGGAGGGAUGGACAGUCAGGGGGUUCAUGGGAAGCUUGGUGAAACGCUGGCCAGGACAUAGCCAGGAUGCACAAGAUUUUCCCUUUGCAUCUCCCCUUCCCAACACAUCUUGUUCCCUGCCUGAGCUGUGGCUAUCCCUGUGUUUUCCCAUGGCCCCCGUAUGUGCCACCUACCACUUUCUUCACUCAUGGGUCCCAGCCCCACAGUUUCUUGUCCCUGUCUCUGUGAGUUGGCAGCAGGAAAGGCCAGUGCACCUGGAGCUGCAUGUGGAGAGACACCAGGUCCCAGAACAGCAAUAGCAGAGUCCCUGGGGAGACCGCACCUGGGAGAUUGCAGUGAUUGCUGGGCGCCAUGUGACCAGAAAGAGAUUGAUCCUAGGAAGGGGAUCAGAAUAGAGCAAGAAAAACUACCGGGAGCCUGGAGGGAAAGCCUAGAGUGACAAAGUGGGGUGGGCCAAGUCUGCAAACCUGACAAGUGCCUCCCCUGAGGGAGGGCAAGAGGUUAGUUACGAGUAAAGGCAGGUGGAACUAGGAGGUUUGAAGGCGAUUGAUGAUGAGAAAAUACAGACUGUCUCUCAGGGAUAACUUCCUGUCAGUGAGGUUACUGAGCUUGGGUGUUGUCUCCCAAGGGAAGGGGUGUGAGCCCCAGGACAUGGGGCAUUUCAGGCUGGGUCUGACAAAACAGUAGGACUGGACUGUGCUGUAGGGGCCAAUCCUGCUUUGGCUUCAGGGCUGGAUGGGACAAUCUAAUGGGGCUUGUCUAUCGCUCACCUCGAUGAUUUUGUGUUGAAUACAUUUUUAUAAAUCUCAUACUGACAUGGCCCACGCUGUGUGAGAAGAAGGCAAUUCUGCAGGUGGGGAAGCACCAUGCGGUAGUCCAUACACAUACAUACAUACGUGCCAAGAAUCUAACCGUGCAUGUGCCUGGACAUCCCCCUCCAUACCCAGACAUGCACACAAACACACACUGCUCCUUACACACGUGUAGGUUCACAUACACAGAUACAUACACCCCUCCAUGCACGAGCUCAGAGCACACACUCCGAAGGACUUUCAAACACACCUCAUUGUUCUUUGGAGAAGGGAGGCCGCUGCAUGUUGUUCCAAGGAUUCAAUAGGAUUCAGCCCAAAGGGGUGCACUAGCCCUUCCCUGCUGAAGACAGCUCUCUUGAGCAGUGAACCUGGCUCCCCCUGCAGGUCCUUCCUGUGCUGGUUGAGGGGGCAGCUAGCCUGCUGCUCCCACUGUACAAAUGACAAAGGGUCUAUCACAAGCCCCUGUGCAUGGUAGCUUAAUGGGAUGGCAGGGUUGCUCCUGUGGUCACAGCUUCUAUGGCUGGGCUCCCUUCCAAUUGCCUGGGGCCCUGUAAUUCUGCUCUGAGCUACCUCAGUGGCUCUCAGCUGUGCUCUCCUGCUCUGCUGCCUUGCCUGGAGGCCCAAAAUGUGGGGCUGCGACACCUUAUGGGAGCACUGAGUGGAGGGUCCUGGCCUAGCUCUAGGCUCUUUGUGGUGAGAAGAUUCUAAUGAUGCCAUGGGAAUGUAACGGGGUAGCUCCCCAGCCAGGAGCUUCUGCACCCAGCCCCUGGUGCUUAGCUCAGGUCCCAGGGGUUAGUGGUUUUUUUUUUUUUUC